AUGGCGAAGACGAAAAUGGAGUUGGCUUUGUUUUCUCUGUUAAUUUUGAUAAAUUUGACCAAUUCAAAGAAAAUUGGUGUUUUUGAACCCCAGCAAGUUCACAUCGCUUUAGGAGUAACAAUAGACAAGAUAUCAGUAACCUGGAGCACGAGAUAUGAUACUGUAGAAUCUAUAGUCGUUUAUGGCAUCGAUAAUCUGGAGUCUGGUAAUGAAACCAUCGGCACAUCGUCCAAGUUUGUUGAUGCCACUGGUAAAAACGUGCAAUAUUUACAUCAUGUGACUUUAUCUGGUUUAAAACCUGCUACGAAAUACACGUAUAUUUGUGGUAGUAAGGGACAAUGGAGUCCAGUUUAUACUUUUACCACCAUGAAAGCAGGCAAUGAUUGGUCUCCCAGAUUUGUCUUCUAUGGCGAUCUGGGGUUUAUUAACAGUCAGUCAGUACCCAGACUUGAUAAAGAUAUUCAAAAUGGAAUGUAUGAUGUGGCACUACAUGUUGGAGAUUUCGCCUAUAAUUUAGAUACAUACAGUGGUACUACUGGAGAUAAUUUUAUGAAUAUCAUACAGCCAGUGGCAGCUAAUCUUCCUUACAUGACUUGUCCUGGUAAUCAUGAAUUCGCCAAUAAUUUUACUCAGUAUAAAAGAAGGUUUUUUAUGCCAGGAGAUGAAAAUGGAGACAGAAUGUACUACAGUUUCAAUGUAGGACCAAUCCAUAUCAUAUCAUUUAGUACAGAAUAUUUUUUUGAUAUCAAUUAUGGCAUCAUGCAGAUUCCUCGAAUGUUUGAAUGGCUGAAAAACGAUCUUAGGAAAGCAACUAUAAACCGUAAUGAACAACCAUGGAUAGUAACAAUGGCUCACAGACCUAUGUAUUGUUCUAAUGAUGAUAGAGAUGAUUGUACACACCAUGAGAGUCUGGUUCGAGUUGGUGUACCUAUCCUACAUAUAUUUGGUUUAGAAGAUUUAUUCAAUGAGUAUGGUGUUGAUUUGAUGCUGUGGGCUCAUGAACAUUCCUAUGAAAGAUUGUGGCCUAUCUAUAAUCGAGAGGUGUAUAAUGGAAGUCGACAGUAUCCAUACACUAACCCAGGAGCACCUGUACAUAUUAUCACAGGCUCAGCUGGAUGUCAAGAGAACAUUGAUCCGUUUGACAAAGAUCGGCCAUAUUGGUCCGCUAAACGUAUUCCAGACUACGGUUAUACCAGGAUGGCUGUUAUUAAUCGAACACAUCUCUAUAUGGAACAGGUGUCAGAUAGUAAGGGUGGUAGUGUCGCUGAUCAGAUGUGGUUGAUAAAAGAAAAACAUGGACCUUAUCCAACCGCUAUGAAAUUUAGACAAGUUCCCUAAAUCAAACUUCAACUUGUCAUUCCACGUGCGUUACUGUGAUUUUAAAAACAUUUAAAAGAAUAACAAGCCUAAUGAAAAUUCUGUUUCUUAUCAUUUAUUUUAACUCUUCAUUUUAAAAGUAUCAAUUGGGUAUAUGGGUGAUGGAUUAGCCUAGGCUGUCACUUGUUUUAGAAAUCUGGCUCAUAUUCUUGUAGAAUUUUAUGUGUAAAGUACUAAUGAAUAAUACUGUUAAAACCUUGGAGGCUUAUUGCCACUGUAUGUUACUGCGAAUUGAAAAAUAUUCUUUGUAGCAUAGUCCAAAGUAAUUUUAUUUAAUGUAGGGCCCUGGUUUUAAAAAGCUAAACUUGAUUAGGCUUGUUAUUUCUAUAUUUUAUAUCUUUGUAUAUACUAAUGUAUGAGAAUGGAUUUUUACUAACUGUUAAUUUUCAUUAUAUCUUCAAUUUUAAUAAAGGAAACAGCACAUUUGUUGAAUUUUAUCAGAUUUGUUGCACAUUGUAUUAUUUUAAGAUUAUUUUUGAAUGGAAGGUUGAAAUUAUCAGGGACUUGUUAUAAUAUCUUAAAUAAAUAACUUUGAGACUUGUGAUUGGUCAUAUUUUCAGGGGUCAGCUGUCUGGACCAAUCAGCUCUCUUACAAUUUCUUUGAUAUGAUUUUUCAAAGUUUUAAAGGGAUCUAUUCUUCUAUUCAUUCAGUUUAUUUAUAGAGCUCAAAAUGAGCUGAUUAUACACUUUUUAAUUUAGGUUUCGUUCGUGGUUAAUUUUUUUUUAUGUUUCUUGCCAUAUUAGUUGAAAAUCAGAACUUCUCGGCUUCUGAAAAAAAACUCUAGCCAAGUCUUAUGAAUAACUAGUAAUUAUUAUAUAGAUUAGUUCUAAAUAGAUUGGCUCUAGGAUGUCCUAGAAUCAAUGUUAGAAGAUAAGAACCUAGGGCAUCCUAGCGCCAAGAUAGUUUCUAGAAAACGUGGUCAGGUAUAAGGUCAACAAGUUACAGAUAUAGAGUCAUUUAGGGAACUGGUAUAAGGGUAUCUUUUUGAGAUUAUUACUUUCAACAAUAAUAAAUAAUGAUAAAAACAACCAAUUUAUCCAAAAUUUGAAAUUGUGACAGUGUCCUCAUCUGAAACUUUCUUAAAACUGCAAAACCAUGAUUUUUGUAUGAAACCUAUUUUUACUUUUAUAAUUAUCAUAAAUUUGUAAUUUUGUGUUCAUAUGAUUUUCAUGUUAUUAAUAAACGUUACUAUUG